UAAAAAACCUAAGGAUCAGUUGUUAUUAAAAAAAAUUGUAAUUUCCUAUAAGAUAUCAUAGAGGACACCGCAAGAUGGAUUUACUUAUGAAUCCACCUUGGAAUACUUAUUAAAUAAUUUUCAAGUUUAUCUUACAUUUGUCAGUUAUGUAAUUUAUCAGUAUCAUUAUCAAUUAUAACCAAUUAACGUUUUACCGGAAUGAAUUUUUCUAAGUCAAUAAUUUUUUAUUAUACAUAUUUGAUUAUUGGAAGUCAUCCUUGAUAAUUAUAAUUUGACUAACUAUUCCUGAUUAUCUAUUACUCGUUUUUAGUUAUAUAGUUGUGCAAAAAGUUAUGGAUUUUAAUUUUUAAUAUUUUUGGAGUCAUGUUACAUAUAUAUUCCAAGCGUGUUGGUGGUAAACUUCAAUUGUCAGGUUGUUGUGCAUUUUUUAAAACUUUGUCUACCAAAAAAAAGAAAAUAUAUGGGUAUCCAACCCAACUGUUUCACCUGGAUAAUAUAUUGCUAAUGCGAUGUUGUUCAGUAAACAAUAAGCUAUUUAUUCAUCAACAAGGGAAACCCAUUGAACAGCCAAAGAGUCAUUUGAUGAGUACUAUUUAUCCUUAUUUAGAAUUGAUGCGGUUUUCUAAGCCAACUGGUUGGCUUCUUUUAUAUUGGCCUUGUACAUGGAGUAUUGCACUAGCUUCAGGAGCUGGCGAACUUCCAAAUUUUGAAAUGCUGGGACUUUUUGGACUAGGAGCAAUCAUGAUGCGAGGAGCUGGUUGUACAAUCAAUGAUAUGUUGGAUAAAGAUAUUGAUAAAAAAGUAGAAAGAACAAAAAAUCGACCCCUUGUGAUAAAAUCUUUAAGCAUGUUUGAUGCUUGGGUUUUUCUUGCAGGCCAAUUAGGAAUAAGUCUUGUUAUAUUAUUACAACUCAAUUUAUUUACCAUAAUGUUUGGUGCCAGUUCUUUAAUGUUAGUGACUAUUUAUCCUCUCAUGAAGCGUAUAACUUACUGGCCUCAAUUUGUGUUAGGCCUUACUUUCAAUUGGGGUGCUCUUCUUGGUUGGGCUGCUAUACAUUCUUCUAUCGAUUUAACAGCUUGUUUGCCACUUUAUACAGCUGGUAUCGCGUGGACUCUUUUUUAUGAUACUAUUUAUGGAUUUCAAGAUCAAAAAGAUGAUAAAAUUCAUAAUAUUAAAUCAACAGCUGUUCUUUUUGGAAAUAAAAGUAAAGUAUGGUUAAGUUCAUUUGCUGGCGUAUCUCUCAGUAAUUUCAUAUCAUGUGGUCUUCUCACAGGCCAAACAUGGCCUUAUUAUCUGGCAAUACUGGCAUCUGGUGGCCAUAUGUGGAAUCAGAUUUAUUCAUUGGAUAUCAAAAAUUCAGCUGAUUGUGCUAAAAAAUUUAAAUCAAAUAACCAUAUUGGUUGGAUUUUGUUCCUGGGAAUUGCAUUUAGUACAUUAUUAAAGAAGUCUAACAAGGAAAAUGAAAAUGAAAGCACAAGUCUCCUCUUCGACAAAUAGUCAUAAAAUAACUGUUACCAAAUGUUAACUUUUUUUUUAAUGUUUAAUUUGGGUUCCUAAAUGUUUUAUGGAAAUAAAUUACUAG